AUCAGUUGGUCUCUCUGCUCUCUAUCAGUGCUGCUCAGUGUUUUGUACCUGGUCUCCUCCAUCAUGCUGGUUCAAGCUCUACUCCAGACCUCACUGGUUCUCUGGCUGGCUCAGCAAACUCUGCAAGGCGGGGUUCGACCUGAAAGUGUAUCCUGGGGGAGAGCGCUGCCAGCCAGAGGUGUUGGCAUUGGAGUAAAACCGGGAGUUGCAGGUGCUCUUGGAGCACUGGGGAGCCGAUAUGGCAGCAAAGCAAUGAAGACUGGAAUUGGACGUUAUCCAGGGGCUCAGCUUGGUGUCGGAGAAUACAGAGCUCUUGGAUUAGGAGGUAGAGCAGGUUUGAAGCAAGGUGGAUAUGGAACCCAGGGAGCCUAUGGUGCCAGUCUGGGCACAGGAAUGGCUUUGGGGGCUGGACUUCCAAAUGGACUGGGACUGGGUUUGGGCCAGGGAGGGAAACGUGUUUAUGGUGCUGGCCUUGGCACUCUGCCAGGAUAUGGGGCUUUAGCUGGCAUUGGCUAUCCUGGAGCCCGACCAGGAAUUGGACUUGGGUAUCCCACUGGACAGAGGGCUAAGGAACAAAAACCUGGUGUGUCUACAACAGAUUUGGGUGGACCUGAGAUGGCCAAUCUGGGCCAAGCUGUUCAAGAUCUGAAGAGAGAAAAGAGCAGAGCAGUUGGUCCCUCAUAUGGAAAAAGAGACAGUCUUGGACAUGAAAUGCCCAGCAUGAGGAAAAACAACAUAUUUGGUCCUACUGCUCCUGAAUUACAGGCAGAAACUGGUUUUAGACCUGCUGUACUGCCACCUGGAAGAGAGGUCAAAAGCCUUGAUCCAGUAGUUACGUCAUCAAGUCUUGGACCUAUGACACCCCUUGAUAAACAGAGUAAAAGUCUUGGUUUGGCUGUUUCACAAGCACAAGGAAGAGAAACUUAUGAGCCUACGUUCUCAGAAAGAAGGGGCACAGCUAGCCAUGGAGCCACACUGGCCACUGGAAGUGUAAGACAGCAACUGCCUCUUGAUAAAGACAACAUCAGAAGUCUGGGUUUUGCUUCUUCUCAGGUACAAAGUGCGAGAGACUAUGAUUCAUCUAUCCAACAAAAACAGCGAGCCCAAAACUGUGGAUCCACUAGUGAUUUGUCAGAUAUAUUGGGAAUCAAUCGCCAUGAGCUUUUGGGUUCAGAAACACAGAGGAUUCAAAGUUUAGUGCCCCAGCCUCAUGUUGGUAAGAACAGCAAGCAUCUUGGACAUGCAACCACACAAGCACAAGGAGAAAGAACCUAUCGACUGGCACAAACUCAAGAUGUCAGAAGCAAUAUAUUCUCUCUUCCACAAAGUCAGGCAACCAGAAACUAUUUAUCUGUUGUAGCAGACAGGCAGGGUAUCAAAGACCUUGGGCUUGUGGCUAAAGACACAAAGGGGCCUAGAAUCCUUGGGACUGUUGCUGUAGAAAACCGUAGUCAUGGUUCUCCAAAUCUUCAAGUACAAGGAGAGGGGAGCUAUGGACCAGUGAUCCCAGGUUCAAGUGGAGCCCAAAGUUUAGGCAUCACCCCAGUGGAAGGGCAGAUACCUAAAGGCUUUACUGCUGGUGGUCAGAAAGCAAAACACCUUUCCCAUGCUGAACGUGACAUCACAAAGUCAAAAGCUCUCAGUAUCCCAGGACAGACUGGGAGGAAUAUCCAGGCAACAAGUUAUAUUGGUGGAGCAGGAAACUAUCUGGGAGCAAGCCUGGGCACUGGGGGCUAUGGAGCAGGUUUGGGACAGGGAGCGUACCUGGGUGGUGCAGCUGGCAAACUUGGAGCAGCAGCUGCUACUGCUCCAGGACAGGGUGGGUAUCCCCAUGGUGUUGCAGGGAGGUCAACUGGCUAUGGUGAGGGAGCAACAGGACACCUGGGUGCUGGGGCAGGCAAUGGCUUCGGUUAUGGGAAUGGUUACAGCGAUGGUUAUGGAGCUGGGCUUGGUUACCCUGCAGAGUUAGCUGAUGGUGCUGAAAACAAAGCAGGGAAGAGUGAAGCCCUCAGUACAGGAGGCUAUGCUGGACAGGCCCAGGGGGCUUAUGGAGCACUUGGUGCAGGACUGGAAUCAACUGGUGGCAAAUAUGGAGGAGGAGCUGCUCAGGUUCCUUAUGGUAAUGCUCCAGUGAUUUCUACUGGACUGGAAGGUGAUGGUGGCUACCCGUAUGCUGCUCAGCAGCUCGGCCUCGGUACUGAAGGUGCCAAAACCACCAACAAAUAUGGAGCUGGUGCAGGACAUGGAGCUCAGCAAACAGGUUACGGUGCACAGCUAGGAGCAACUCAAGAUGCCUUGGGAGAGCAACCUGGCAAGUAUGGCGGAGUGAACGGUGCCCUCAGAAAUGGAUACAAAGGCUAAUUCAAAUGACCUGAACUUCUUCCAAGGGGAUAAUUUCCAUAAUGUGUCCAGUGUAGUGUGUUUUUAAAGCUUUUUGUUUAACUCCAUUUUGUCCUGUUUUGUUGUCUGUUUUAUCUUGUGUUUUAUUUUUCUUGACCCUGUUGUCUUUCUUUGUAAGUGGACAUUUGUUACCUUUGUCUGUUUGUCUUGUUGGUCCAAAACCUGCAGUGCCCCACCAGUCUUAUUCUGUCAACACUGAAAAAACUGGUGGUGAUUGAACAUAAAUAGAUGUUAAGUACAAGAAAAUUGUCACUAUGUUAUAAAAUAAAUAUUAAAAUGAUGAUUUUACUGUUUGAAUCCAAUAAAUUAUAUGUCAAAUUAUGCUGAA